AGCUUUGCAAAGGUAUAGUCUAGCGAGUCAUGCCCUCAGAGUCAAAUUGAGGGGCUCCAUCACUCAUGGACAGAACUCUCUUCACUCCAAAGGGGACAUACUUCUUCCACCACCCUACCCAGCAAAGCAAUGGUACUCAGCCAGACAUGCAAAGCAGCAACAAUCAACCCCAGACCAGUCACACGUCUACUAGCCGGUCUUCCGACUCCGGUGAGCCUUGCGUCACAGGGAAAUGGGCGUCGAGCCUUCUAAAGGAGUGUGCCCGGGCCAUAUCGGACAAGGACUCUAGCAGGAUUCAUCACCUGCUAUGGAUGCUUAACGAGCUGGCUUCCCCUUAUGGAGAUUGUGAUCAGAAGUUGGCUUCCUAUUUCUUGCAAGCGCUGUUUUGUAAGGCGACGGAGUCCGGCCAUCGCUGCUACAAAACCCUAAGUUCAGUGGCGGAGAAGAGCCAUUCGUUUGAUUCUGCCAGGAAGUUGAUACUCAAGUUCCAAGAGGUGAGUCCAUGGACAACUUUUGGGCAUGUAGCUUCAAAUGGGGCUAUCUUGGAGGCCUUAGAAGGGGAGACCAAGCUUCAUAUAAUUGAUAUAAGCAACACGCUAUGCACUCAAUGGCCCACUUUGCUAGAAGCCUUGGCGACUAGAAACGAUGAGACGCCGCGCCUAAAGCUCACUGUCGUGGUAACGGCGAGCCUCGUGAGGUCGGUGAUGAAGGAGAUAGGGCAAAGAAUGGAGAAAUUUGCUAGGUUAAUGGGAGUACCGUUCGAGUUUCAAGUGAUAAGUGGGGUGAAUCAUUUAGGAGAGCUUACAAAGGAGGGGCUAGGCGUUCGAGACGAUGAGGCGGUGGCGGUGAAUUGCAUCGGGGCCUUGAGGAGGGUUGAGGUGGAGGAAAGGAGAAGAGUAAUUCAGACGCUGCAGUCUCUUGGGCCUAGGGUUGUGACAGUGGUUGAGGAAGAAGCUGAUUUUUCAAGCUCAAGAAAUGACUUUGUCAAGUGCUUUGAAGAGUGCCUUAGAUUUUACACAUUAUAUUUUGAGAUGCUGGAGGAGAGCUUUGUGCCAACUAGUAAUGAGAGGUUGAUGCUGGAGAGGGAGUGCUCAAGGAGCAUAGUUAGGGUUUUGGCCUGCGACGACAUCGAAGAUGACACCGGAGAAGACUGCGAGAGAAGGGAGAAAGGCAUCCAGUGGUCUGAGGGGCUCAAGGAGGCAUUUUCACCAUUAGGGUUUAGCGAGGAUGUGGUGGACGACGUCAAGGCGCUGCUCAAGCGGUAUCGGUCCGGUUGGGCACUUGUGCCACCUCAACAAGGAGAAAAUCAUCAGCUGGGAAUCUACUUGACAUGGAAGGAUGAACCAGUAGUAUGGGCUUCAGCUUGGAAACCCUAAUUUUGUUCUUCUCAAAGGAGAAUGGCCCUUAAAGCUAAGGGGACAGAACAGUACACCACUUCAACAGUACUAGCCAUCAAGCACUGAUCAAGCUAAUUUGGCUUUAUGGCUUUCUUUAGCUUUGGUGGGGGUGGGGGUGCAGCCAUGAAAAUAUAUUGAGUUUGAUCCACGAUCCCAUCAUCAUCUUCUUCCACCUUUGAUCAUCAUAUCAGUCAUGCAUACUUUGUAUUUUAUUUUAUGUCCAACUUUUCUUUCUUUAUGUGCUUUAUGCUUGGGAGUUUGUGUUUCUUCCUUUUCCCCUUUCUUUCAGUGUUCUUGUUUGAAGGUGUUUGCACUUGUGCUUUCGUUUACAAAUUCCAUUUCCCAUUUCCCAUUUGGACUGCUUCCUCUUGUUUCCCUUUUCCCUCUCAUAUCCCUUAUAUAUAGUCUCCUUUUCUAAGUGGGUGACUACUCAUCCUUGUAUGAUCUAAAGUGAAACAUAGAUAAAGUAAUGCAUCAAA